GUUUCUAGAAAAGUUUGGUAUCUUUGGAUCAAGUGAGUCAGUCAUCGAUCCAGAGGUUCCCCGAUGCCCCCUCUGCAGCUCCUCCCCGCAUUCUCCAAACCCCUAACCCCUCCCUCCGCCCUCCUCCAGUGGAACCGCAAGCCCCAGCUCUCGGGGCCCACCCCGCGCGUCGCGGUCAUCACCUCGGGCAAGGGCGGGGUCGGCAAGACCACCACCACCGCCAACAUCGGCCUCUCCCUGGCGCGCCUCGGCUUCUCCGUGGUGGCCAUCGACGCCGACGUCGGCCUCCGCAACCUGGACCUCCUCCUGGGCCUGGAGAAUCGCGUCAACUACACCGCCCUGGAGGUCCUCAACGGCGACUGCCGCCUCGACCAGGCCCUGGUGCGCGACAAGCGGUGGUCCCACUUCGAACUCCUCUGCAUCUCGAAGCCCCGGUCGAAGCUCCCCCUGGGCUUCGGCUCCAAAGCCCUCACCUGGCUCGUCGACGCCCUCAAGACCCGCACCUCCUCCCCCCCGCCGGAGUUCAUCCUCAUCGACUGCCCCGCCGGCAUCGACGCCGGCUUCAUCACCGCCAUUGCCCCCGCGAACGAGGCCCUCCUCAUCACCACCCCCGACAUCACGAGCCUCCGCGACGCCGACCGGGUGACGGGCCUCCUGGAGUGCGACGGCAUCAGGGACAUCAAGAUGAUUGUGAACCGCGUCCGCACUGACAUGAUCAAAGGAGAGGACAUGAUGUCGGUGUUGGAUGUUCAGGAGAUGCUGGGCUUGCCCUUGCUUGGGGUCAUUCCCGAGGACACUGAGGUUAUCAGGAGCACCAAUCGUGGUUACCCUCUUGUUCUCAACAAGCCUCCUACCUUGGCCGGCUUGGCCUUCGAACAGGCUGCCUGGAGGCUUGUCGAGCAGGAUACCAUGCAGGCUGUCGUCGUCGAGGAGCAGCCCAAACGAGGUUUUUUCUCCUUUUUUGGUGGCUAGCUUCAUUUCCAACCCUUCUCUUUCAACUGCUACUCUGUAUAGUUCACGCUCUCUGCUUUUUCUUUAAUUCCUUGCUUCAGUAGUGACUAGUGACUAGUGACUAGUGAGUGAAUUUCUUUUGUUUUGAUUUUGCUUUGAAUUUAUCCUGCCCAUAAUAUUUUCAUGUCCUUUGAACAAGUCAUGGCAGUGCAUUGAAGUCAUUUUCUUAUUAUGCAACAAACCAUUGCCCUCACCUAUUUGCUAUCUAUCAAAUUUCGGUGACGCUUCUCGCAAGAAAGAAACUGCCACCAUAUCCAAAUAUCCCAAGAGAGAAUGAAAGAAGAAACCCCACUAGGCUGGAAUUAUUGGAGCCAUUGAAGGGUGUGAUGUCAGUCAAUGUCAGUCAAUAUACUAUUGAAGAAUGUGAUGCCAACCAAUGUCAAAUUAAAUUCAUUAAUUCAAUCACUUGAAAUGCUUGUACUCGGAGGAUUUGAAGCAGACAGGAAAUCACAAUCUACAGGACUUCGUGCCUAUGUGAAUCUCUAAUGGACAAUUCCAUUGGUGGUGGAGCUACAGAGUACAGAAGCAAAUUCAACGUGAUCUAAGCACCGAGUGAAACGUAAACAACUAAGAAAAACUUUCACUUGUUUUUUUGAAGCCAAUCAAGGAUACCCUUUUCUGUAUCUGAAAGUUGCCCAUCCUCCUUUCUCUUCAGCAUUCCUUCCAUCAACUCAAAGUAAUCCUUGUAGUUACGCUUGUAGUAACUCUCCAGCCUCUGCUACACAACGUGAUCAUAUUAAAUACAUCAUAAACGCACAUCUUAUGCUCAUUCAUGCAGACACUAAUUAAUGACAAAUGUUUAGUGGGGUUGACUAGAAAAAUUAAUCUUUAGUUGGCAAAAUAUCGGUUAAUUUAGUGACUCAAUACAGUUUCAUAUUAAAAUGUUGUUGCAUCAUACAUCAUAUAUUCACAGCUAGUAAUUUGUUUACCUCUU